CCGACAGGCGAUUUCAACAAGCUUAAUGCAGAAGGCGUUGUCGAAGAUGAAAGAUAGCGGCGAUCUAUUUCUUCAAACGUUUAUUUUGUACGUAAUGGGGGUGCUAUUAGUACCAACGAGAAGAGAUGACAUUUCCUUGUCUUCGGUAUACGCUGUCACCGAUGUUGCAGACAUUCCGAAGAAGAAUUGGGCAUCAUUUUGCUUCAAUGAAUUGGUCAAAUGCAUCUGCGACCAUAAUGCUUGUGGGAGAAAGUAUAUACCAGGUUGCUUGCUGUUUUUGGAGUUAAUAUUCUUGGAGCAUGCAAAUGGUAUUUUCCAAACCAUUGAUGGGAGUUUGGACUUGAUGAGUUGGGGGAGCGGAGAC